AGUAUUCAAACAAUAACUUGAGCUCUACUUAGGGAAUGUAAAAAAAAAGUUUGAAAUUAGUGGAAUCUGUGAGUUUUUCAUCUUCUCCUUAUUUCCAUAAUUUCUGUUCACUUUUGGGUUGCCGAAGGUGUGAGUUUUUCAUCUUCUCCUUAUGUCCAUAAUUUCUGUUCACUUUUGGGUUGCCGAAGGUCUUAUUAUUGACGAACAAGAUAAGUUGAGGAGAGAUCUUCCAACUGAAAAACAGAAAACAUUAAUGGAAUAUAUCGGGGAGGAGAUUUACAGGGAACUAGUUUGUAGGAAUCUCUUGGAAGCUAAUGCAAAUUUGGAUGUGUCCAAGAAUUUCUUCUCUAUGCACGAUCAUUUCCAGUCGCUCUGUGCAAAUUAAAUGAGAGCGGAAGGGAUUUUAUAUAGACAUGGUAGAGAAUUCAAAGCAGAUGAUAUUGUGAAAAUUCGGCGGCUGUCAGUCUCUUGUAUGGGGCCUAAGCUAGUGUUACCAGAUCAGAUUAUAAGACAAGGUUGUUUGAGAACGAAUUCUCACGGAUUCCUGCAAAACCAAGAUGUGUUCGAAGAUAGUGUACUGAAAACAUUAUCAUGUUUGCGAGUUUUGGAUCUCACAGCCACAUCAAUUGAAAAUAUUCCAGAUUGCAUUGGAGAUCUACUACAUUUAAGAUAUCUAGAUUUUGAUGGAACAAAUAUACGUGAGAUUCCAACAUCUAUCGGGAACCUUGUAAACCUUCGGAGUCUGAAUAUCUCAAAGUGUAAGUUCUUGGAAAGACUUCCAGUGUCCAUCAGUAAGUUGCAUAAUCUAAGAUGGCUUGACAUGACAUUUUGUCCACUGCUCACUUAUGUGCCUAAGGGAAUUGGGAAACUGGAAAAUUUCUAUUGCCUAGAGGGAUUUAUGGUUGGGCAGAAUGACUCAGCCAAUGAAGAAGGUUGUGAUUUAGAAGAGCUGAAAAAUCUAUCUGAGUUGAGAGUCUUAAGCAUUUAUAGGCUUGAGAGGGCAGAAAGAGGAGCCUCUGCACUUGCAAACAAACCUUUUCUUAAUGACCUUAUGCUGGGAUGGAUGCGACCAGGUGGGACGGCAGAGGGUGAGGAACAAAUCAGUAAAGCCGAGAGGAUAUGCAAUGAAAUGGCUCAGCCUUUAUCAACCUUGGUCUACAUUCACUUCUAUGAGUACCCUGGCCGACAGUUCCCGAGCUGGAUGGCAACCUCUUCCUUAGCUGAAUCUUUUCCAGACUUGACAUAUUUGGGUCUUUUGGGUUUGCCAUGUUGCACGGAGCUCCCUCCCUUGGGCACACUGCCUCAGCUCAAAUACCUCCGUAUUGAUAGGGCGAGGGCCAUGACAGCCAUUGGGUCUCAAUUUCUCGGAUCGAGAGGCUCUGCGUUUCCCAAACUUGAAAGGCUCAUAUUUAUUGACAUGCCUCAAUGGGAGGAGUGGACAUUCAAUGGAGCACUUCUUGCAGUGAAGUUGUUUCCAAGUCUCAGGAAGUGUCUUAUUGUCAAGUGCCCAAAGCUAAGAGCUCUUCCUGAUGACCUCCACCGAGCCACCAACCUCCACGAACUGUACUUGAGACAAGCAUAUGGGCUAAGUGAGAUCAAUAACCUCCCCUUGGCUUACAAGCUUGAGGUCACAAAUGGCAGAGGGUUGAAGAAGAUUUCCAACAUCCCGUUAUUAAGAUAUCUUGAGGUGGGUAACUGUCCCAACUUGGAGUGCGUGGAGAAUCUCGACAAGCUGCAGCAUUUGGUGUUGAUAUGUUCAGAGGAAACGGAGCAGCUCCCGCAGUGGUUCCAGACUUGAUCGAGCAGCAUAACAACAUGGCCAGCACUCACAGGAGUUUGAAGAAGUUUGAGAUGGGCUGCAAUCUUCAACUGCUAAUGAGCUGUCUCGAAGGCAAUGAGAAUCGGGACAUUCUCAAGCAUAUUCCUGUUGUCAAAGUACAAACAUAUUCCAGCCAAGAGUAUAUGUUCUACACCAAGGAUCCCUACAACUAUGAUACAAACAUUCCUUCUAAUUGAGAUAGUGUCAAAAAAAGCUAUGCUUUCUUCAAUUGUACUGAUGAAGGUGUGAUUUGUAUGGUGCUGUUUGCGUUUGCUUCUUUCUACAUUUGGUUUGAUUACUUUACAUUUGGUGAAUGUGUUAUUUGUAUGUAUUAAUGUUUGCAUUUUCUUCAAUUGUACUGGUGAAAGUGUGAUUUGUAUGGUGUUGUAUGCAUUUGCAAGUCUGUACGUAUCUUAUUUCUGUAUCAG